AUGCAGCAGAAGAUGAAGGGUCUCAUUCUUCCAUUUUCUCGUAAGGUCGUGAUUGAAGGAACGUCGAACUUGGAUCCUUUAUUGAGGAAUUUGGCUUCGAAGGCGUCUGUGGAGGCCUUGAGGAGUUUCAAAAUCGUUGAAAGUGAAGAUGAAAAAGAAGAGGAAGUAGGUGAGUGUGUAGUGUGUUUAGAAGAGCAUGUGAUUGGAGAGAUGGUGAAAGAGAUGCCAUGUAAGUAUAGGUUUCAUGCUAAGUGUAUGGAGAAGUGGGUUGGGAUUCAUGGGUCGUGUCCUGUUUGCAGAUACAGGACGCCUGUUGAUUAUGAUGAAAUUGGUCAAAAGACAGAGCAAAGGAAAGAAAUUUGGAUCAGUUUUUCUUUUAACAGUGGUAGGAGAAGUGGCGGGGAUUCUGAUUCUAAUCAAACUUCUCCUCCAGCAGAUUAUAUAUUGGAGUAUGUGGGUGUAUACUUAUUGAGUUGCUGA